AAGUCCAAAAAUUACCCCUACAAUGCAAGUUGUAACCAGCAUUUCCCCACUCCUUAAGUACUCCACCCUCCCUCUUCCACUGCCCAAUCAACUCUCACCUCCCAAUCAAACUUAAGGGUAGGUUGUUUGUUACUAAUUUUCUCAUUCUUCACCAAAAUUCCUAGAAAUAGUUAUGGUGCCCAAAAUACUCUACAUUGCUUUCUUCAUCUCUUCAUUGUACAUUGUUCAAGCUCGAAUUCCAGGAGUUUACUCUGGUGGUCAGUGGCAAAAUGCUCAUGCUACUUUCUACGGUGGAUCUGAUGCUUCCGGCACCAUGGGAGGAGCAUGUGGGUAUGGAAAUUUGUACAGUCAAGGAUAUGGAGUGAACACAGCGGCAUUGAGCACUGCUCUGUUCAACAAUGGUUUGAGUUGUGGUGCUUGUUUUGAGAUGAAGUGUGCAAAUGACAGAGAAUGGUGUCAUUCAGGGAGUCCUUCAAUUUUCAUUACUGCAACUAACUUUUGUCCUCCAAAUUUUGCUCAACCAAGUGAUAAUGGUGGAUGGUGUAACCCUCCUCGCCCUCAUUUUGAUCUUGCCAUGCCUAUGUUUCUCAAGAUUGCUGAGUAUCGCGCUGGUAUCGUCCCCGUUGCUUAUCGCCGGGUACCAUGUAGAAAGCGCGGGGGAAUAAGAUUCACAGUUAACGGAUUCCGUUACUUUAACCUGGUGCUAAUUAGCAACGUAGCAGGUGCUGGAGAUAUCGUGCACGCCUACGUGAAAGGCACUCGAACCGGGUGGAUGCCACUAAGCCGAAACUGGGGUCAGAACUGGCAAUCUAACGCGGUUUUGGUGGGCCAGGCACUGUCUUUUCGUGUCUCAAGUAGUGACCGUCGAUCUUCAACAUCAUGGAAUAUUGCUCCACCUAGUUGGCAAUUUGGUCAAACUUUCACUGGAAAGAAUUUUCGAGUCUAAUAGUAAUGUUUCAUGCCAUCAUCAUCAUCAUCAUGCUAAUAUUUUACUUUUUUUUUUUUUUUUAAUAUUGAGAAAGCUCAAUUUUUAUUUUUACUGUUUUUAGUUGGUGUUUUUUAACUGGAUGGAUGCUUUGUGAGAAUGACAAGUUAAUUGUGACUAGGUGUUGAUUUGUCUUUCUUUGUUGUUAUUGAUAUGAUAUGAUACUAUUGUGUUAUAGUGUGAGGUUGUACUUUGAAUUUGUACUACUCUACUAGUGUUAGAUUAGAGAGUUUAAUUAACUUGAAGUGUGCUGAAAGUGGCUAAACAAAUGGUAGCCCGCAGCUAAUUUGUAAUUUUACACUAUGAUGAUGGUGGUGUUAUAUUUAUAGUAUACUAUGAAAUACUAUUACUAGUA